AUGCAUGUGAAAUGGCCCAUGUGGCGAUACCUCGUGCUUCUAUUGCCUGCGGCGGAUUCUAAAGGAGAUGAAAGCUGCUGGAUGGAUGGUGUUAGCUGGGAGACUUGCUGUGCCGCCAAGUAUGGACCUGAGGGCAAUCAGGGAUGCUGGGACGGUGACUUCACUUUCGAGCGCUGUUGCAUUGAUGCAGAACCUGCAGAAGUCCCUCCAGAAUUGACAACGGUGGGCGCGUACCCGGAUUGCUCGCAUCGCGGGGUGGUCCUCCGACACGGCGGCCAGAAUGCCAUCUUCGCAGAUUUGUCACGGUACGGCCACACUGGAUGCUUCCUUAACAGCUGCAAGCUGACUGACAAGUUUGCUGCGGUUGAUGCUAGCGUGUGCAGUCGCGCUUGCAGCGAAGUGGAAGAGUGCAGCCACUGGACAUUUGGCCAGCAGUACGGAGUGAAGACGUGCUUUCUUCGCAAAUCAGAUGCAGGCCGCGCUUUUCUGCCUCACUGGAUUUCGGGGACAGCUGAUUGCGCGCCAGCUCGCCUGCCCCAUGGCUGGGUGGCAUUGAGGACGGCAAAGUGUGAGGCGCUGCGUGCCUGUGAUGCUGGCAAAGGAGAGCAUUGCCCUGAUGUGGAGGCAGCAAUGAACACGUGGAUGUUUGCAAUUGACCAUUUGAAGCAUGCCUUCAAGGGUCGAGUGGAUCAAGACACGUGGUCCCACAUUGAGCGUAUCGGAACCGAAUCUGCAAAUUUUCGAGCCGGACUGCAUUCCGAGUAUCGCCCGAGCGACAAAGAUUUUCCUCGAAUCGUCUACAACAACAGGCUGAUAUUCAACCACUUGGAAGAGGCGCUCUCUUCUCAACCACAAGGUGAGGCCAGAGAGGAAGACGCAUCGCUCCCGAACCCACUGCGCUUUGGUAAGCUCUGCGGCAAAACUUCGUGCUUCGAGCUUUGA